UUUAAACUAAAUUAAGCUUAAUUAAAGAAAAAUAAAUUAAUUUAAUAUUUUAUACAAAUUCCUUAAACUAUUGUAGAUUAAUUGCAAAAUCUCUUUAAAUAUAAACAAAAACAUCAAACAUAUCAACCAUAAAAUCAACUUGUUAAAGAGUUGUAUGAAUACAUCUUUACAAGCUGGCGCACACAAAUAUGAGACGUAACAAUAAUUAUCCCUACCAACCCCUCAACCAAAAUCCCGGACCCAGCAGAGUAGCACACGAUACGUUAGAGGAUGAAAAUGAGAAGGCAGCAGAAGAAUUGAAGCAAAAAAUUGGAGCUCUUAAAUCGCUCACCAUCGAUAUAGGCAAUGAAGUGCGUUAUCAAGAUAAACUUUUGCGCGGCAUGGACGAUGAUAUGGAUCGUACACAUGGAUUCCUGGGGAAUACAAUGCAACGUGUUAUAAGACUGGGCAAGAAUGGUGGCAGUCGUCAUAUGUGUUAUAUGAUUUUAUUCGUAUUAUUUGUGUUUUUAAUCCUAUAUGUGGUGUUGAAAAUAAAGUAAGGAGAGUAGUGUGUUAUAGUUUUGAAAAACUGUGAAUUUUAUAUGUAAUUAGUUCAACUUUUUUUUAUAUUGACCUUGAAAUAUUUUUGAAAAAAAAUAGUUGAUGUACGAUAAAUAAAUACUGCAUUUGCAAGUUAUAAUAAUUAUUUAAAUAAAA